AUGCCCAAGGGCGACCACUACGGAAUGUCACCCUACGAGUAUCGCAAAUCUUUUCAGCCUUGCAACGGGGCAACUCCAGCAUGCGGUGGAUGCGUCAAGUUUGGCCGACAAGCAACAUGUUCUCUCUCAACGGAAUCGCCAAAUCGCGGACGAGACUAUCCAACUUAUCUUCGACAAAAGAUUGAAGCUGCCCAACAACGCCUCAGUCAGCACAACGCUAGACAGAACAAUGAUACUUCACCGUCAGAUACUGAGCGGUCCAACCGGAAUGAAUCGGCAGAGACUCAUCAACGAUCUAUCAUCGAUUCACUCAUCGCAGACAUCGGGGCGCUUCCUAUCAUAGCAUGUUCAUAUCCAUCAGCGGCAGAAGGUCCGACGCUAUCUUCGCUUGUGUUAGCAACUGCAAGCACCAACCAACUCUCAUCAGCCCUGCGAUUAACCCAAGCCAAUGAGGUUGCACCAUGUUUACCGAAAGAGUCAACUGCCUUGGGCCUGGCAAAACACUAUUUUGAUCAGGUCUACCCACGAAUACCUUUCUUCUCUAUCCAAGGUUUCUGGGUGCAGUUCGAGCAUGUCUUCUCUGGCGUAGAUCCUCCCCGCGAACGCGGACAAGAUGGCCCACCACAAGAUCCAGCGAGUGUUCUAACACCGAGUCAAGAUGAUCUUGACCGCUCAUCGAUAAGCCAUGGAUACAGCUACUUCACUGUUCUGUUGGUUUUGGGUAUAUCUGCGUCGAGUCUAUCACGAAGUGCUGAUAGUGUGAUAUCAACGCAAGCCCAGAGACUAUUUCGUACAGCAUUGACGUUCCGCGAAUCGGCAAUUUUACCAAACACUAUCAUUGGUGUCCAGUCGAUCUUAUUCUUGAUACAAUUCGCUACUCUCAACCCAUCAUUGCUCGACGCAUGGUAUCUUAUCGGUGUCGGCAUGCGCAUGUGCGUUGACCUUGGACUCCAUCAGGAUCCGCAGCCUCCCGACUCAGUCGCCACGAGUCUCUUGGAGACACGACGCCGUCUUUGGUGGAGCAUGUAUUCUUUCGACCGGUCCAUGAGUUUGGGGUGUGGACGACCAACCGAGAUAUCUGACUGCGCUAUCAACGUAUCCCUGCCUACGUUCAAAAUUGAGACGGCAGCAACAGCUGUCGAAGUUCACGGCUACCUACAGCGCUAUCGUGCACUACAGAUCCAAUCAGAGAUUUACAAUCGCCUGAACAAAUCUCCAGAAUCUGAAACAGGUGAUGCGCAGUCAGUUUAUGAACAACUGAGCAAGAAGUUGGGUGAUUGGAAAGACUCAAGUUCCCAGCUACCGAACAAGACACUUAUCGAGAGUGAAUGGUUGAUGGGCCGUAUGCUCCUUUUAAGACCCUGUAGAUUGUUACCUCGACGGUCACAUGAUGAGCUUGGUGAACUAUGGCAAGCAGCUGUUGGGUUCAUUGCGAUAUAUCGCCGACUGGUGGAGUCCAACUCAAUAUUCUACGUGCAAAUUGCCUGCGAGAAGAUUUACUGGACUGGCCUUAUGGCAUUCUACAGCUACUGGCAACUCCGUACCAGCACCGCGGGCGAUGCUAAUUCCAUGCGGCGUCUGGAUAUUUGGAUGAUUGUCAAAGACGUCAUGUUCAUCCUUCGAGCGUUAAGUGAGCGAUGGGACCAGGGCAAACUUCUAUGUGGGCGAUUUGAUGAAGUGAGCACUCAUAUUCUUGAGGUAUCAGAAAUUCAUGCGGGAGAUGGCACAACGGCUGCAUUGCCUCUUGAGUUACAGAACUUAGAACAGUAUACGAGCUUGACUGUCGUUUGGGCGUCGGGUGACAAAGUGGAUCAGAGUAAUGAACAUGCGCUGGACACAAACGAGCUCCGGCAUUUAGUGUCUGAGAUGUUAUAA